CGCUGAGAGGAGCACAGAUUUAGUCGGCCUCGCGACACCACCGCCGGCGGGCGUCUCGCGCGAUAUCACCCGUCCCUCUCACACCAACCGCAGCGGACGACGGUGCGAAGGGAACGCACGUAAUUGACCUGUGAAUCGUAGGGUUAAAGCUCGGUGAAGUGCUCUUUUAAUUAGUAACCUAGGAUCUAAUGAGAUGUGGAUGUGCCCCCGCGCGCCCCGCACCCCUCGCGCCCUGAUCAGCUGACGGGCGGCUGGUGCUCCGACCGCAGGUCUGGAAUAUAGAGCACGUCAUGUGACCGCUCGCGCUCACAACAUGCGCUGGGCCGUCGCCGCUCUAGCGAUGCUCUUCGCCACGGGGGGCUCCGGUCAGGAGCACGGGCCGGUGUUCCUGAUGGAGCCGCCGGCGCGGCUGGUGUUCUCCAACAGCACGGGCGCGCGCGUCUCCUGCGCCGCGCACGGCUACCCCGCGCCGCUCCUCGCCUGGCAGCACGCUGACGGCUCGCCGCUCGACGACGUGCCGGGACUCAGGCAUGUCCUGGACAACGGCACACUGGUGUUUCGGCCGUUCGCCGCGCCGCAGUACCGCGCGGACGUGCACGCCGCCGCGUACCGCUGCCGCGCGCACAACGCGCAUGGUGCCGUCGUCUCACGCGACAUGAGGGCGCAGGCAGUGGUGUGGCAGGAGUGGCAGGCAGCAGCAACAGCAGCAGCGGCGGCGGCGGGCGGGCCGGCGCUACUGAGCUGUACCGCGCCGGCGACGCUGCGCGACCACACCACCGUCGUCGCUUGGUACCGGGAUGACGCCGUACUUGCCGCCUCAGAUAACCUAUCUGGCGAUGCGCUGCUACUCGACGAAGGUUGGCGGCUGCUACUGCGGGCGGUGCGUGCGGAGGACACCGGCGCUCAGUACUCCUGCGCCGUGCUGGACUCCCUCACCGGCGAGCGUAGAAGGAGCGUGCCUGUCACUAUUGACGUCACACCGCUGCCGGUGGCAGGUCCUCCGCGGGCGCUGUCGCACGGGGCGUGGGAGGGGUCUGCGCGGCGGGGAGGGGAGGCGGUGCUGCCAUGUCUGGUACACGCCAACCCCCCGCCUACUAUCACCUGGUACCGCGAGUCGGCGAGCGGCGCUCUCCGCGAGGUGCACGCGGGCGAGGGCGGGCGGGUGGCGGCGUGGGGCGGGGGCGCGGCGCUGGUGCUGCGGCGGACGGAGGCGGCUGACGAGGGCCGCUGGGCCUGCCGCGCCGCUAACGCGCACGGACACCUCACGCUGCGACUGCGGCUGGCGUUACGCGCACCGCUCACUGUGCACGUGCAGCCGCAUACGCAGGUGGUUAACAGCGGUGGCACGGCCACCCUCAACUGUUCAUGGAGUGGCUGGCCAGCACCUCGCCUGGAGUGGCUGCACAACGGUGCACCUGUUGGUGCUGCGCGACUGUCGCCCGCAGGUGACCGGCUCAGCCUGGCAGCCGUAACUCGUGCCGACCGCGGUGUCUACCAGUGCGUGGCGCGGAAUGAUCGUGAUUCUGCGCAGGCUAGCGCUGAACUUCGUCUAGGUGACACGGCACCAGAGCUACAAUAUACGUUCAUAGAGCAAGUCCUCAGGCCGGGUCAGGUGGUGACGCUCAAGUGUUCCGCUGCUGGUUCUCCCCCGCCGCAUUUUACUUGGUUGCUUGAUGGACAGCCGCUUAACACUAUGGCAAGAGGACAUAGAUACAGCAUAGAGCAGUUUGCCACCAAAAGCAACGACGUGGUGAGCUACCUCAACAUCACAGCGGUGCGUGCGGAGGACGGUGGUCUGUACACCUGCCGUGCCGCCAACUCGCUUGGCGAUGUUGCACAUACCUCCCGACUCAACAUAUACGGACCCCCAUACGUAAGGUCUAUUGGGCCAGUGCGAGCGGUGGCUGGUCGAGAGUUGGUGCUAUUUUGUCCUUACUCGGGAUACCCCAUUAGCUCAGUAACGUGGGAGAGAGAUGGAAGCCAGGUAGAGUGGGACAACAACGUUGACGGCGCCCUGCGUAUAACGAAGGUGGAGUCUUCUAACGCUGGCGCCUACACCUGCACAGUGAUGGGCCCGCACGGGGAGAUAGCCCGGCGAGAGCUGCAGCUUAUUGUUAGCAACCCACCAGAGAUAGAGCCAUUUUCGUUCUCUGCUAACCUUCAGGAGGGCAAGAGAGCCCAAGUGAGCUGUAGCGUAACAUCAGGAGACAUGCCCGUCCACUUCACAUGGCUCAAGGAUAACGGACCUAUACCGUCUUCAUUACAGGUGGAAGAGCGGCAAGCGGAUUUUUUCAGCAACCUUGUAUUCAAGGAGGUAUCGGCCCGUCACAGCGGCCUGUACACGUGUGUCGCAUCCAACAGUGCGGCCAAAGUUAACUAUACCGCUGAGCUCGUUGUCAAAGUAUCCCCCAAGUGGGUAUCGGAGCCGACGGACGCGGCGGUACUGGCGGGGGAGCCCCUUGCUUUGCACUGCCAGACAACUGGCUCGCCCACACCACACGUUGUCUGGAUGAAACAGAGGGCUGGUACGGGAUCGGAUUUUGCGCCGCUGGUUAACCUGGGCGGGCGGUUUCAGUUGCUAAGCAACGGCACGCUGUGGAUCGAGGCGGCGCUGCCCUAUGAUGAGGGCCACUACAUGUGCAAAGCAGAAAACGGUGUCGGCACUGCACUGACUAAGAACAUCUUCGUCGCUAUCAAUGAGCCAGCGCGUUUCGAAGUGACUUCCCACAAUGUAUCCGCGCGGCGAGACACGGGCGCCACGCUGUCGUGCGAAGCGCGCGGUGACGCUCCAUUGCGGCUCACCUGGACCAGAGAUUCCGCGCCUCUUGACUUGGCCACUUACAGGCUAAGUAUAUCGGAGGCAAAGACGGAGGGCGGUCUGCGCUCGCAGCUGCACAUCAGCCGCGCCGACCGCCGCGACUCCGGCGUCUACAAGUGCCAGGCCGUCAACGCGUACGGGCACAGCGACCAUUACAUAUACCUGUCCGUCCAAGAAAAACCCGAAACGCCUCAAUCGCUCUCGGUGACGGAGAUCACAUCGCGCGGCGUGCGGUUAUCCUGGAGUCAGGGGUUCGACGGCAACUCGCCGCUGCGCGCGUACUCGCUGCAGUACUGCGCGUUGGCGGCCGGCGCGCACCCCGCGAGAUGGGACACGGCUAUAACGCUCAACGUGUCUGUGCCCGACGCGCCGGUGGUACAUUCGUCCCAUGAUGCGCCGCACGAUCAUGUCACGCUAACAAAGAAAGGCAACAUACACUACGAAGCAGUGCUGGGCGGGCUGAGACCGCACACCGCGUACAUGAUCCGCGUCGCCGCCGCCAACGCUAUCGAGCGCAGCGCUUUCACCGAGCCCGUCGUCGUCAAGACCCAGGAGGAAGCACCAUCCGCGGCCCCCGGCGGCGUGACCGUGUCAGCUGGGGCGGCGGGUGAGCUGGCGGUGUCUUGGCGGACACCACCACGCGACACCUGGCAUGGCGAGCUACUGGGCUACUCCGUGCUGUGCUCCGAACUGGGGCCGGAUGGCACACCUGUGCCUAAUUCUACGCGCACGCUGACAGUGAAUGGGUGGUCUUCGACGGAGCUGAGUCUGUCGGCACUGAAGAAGUUCACGCGGUACGAGGUACGCGUCCGCGCAUUUAACGCUGUGGCUGCUGGGCCCGCUUCGCCGCCCAUCGCUGCCACCACGCUCGAAGGAGUGCCAGAGGCAGCGCCAACCCGCGUGUCCUGUUCGGCGCUGUCGUCGACGAGCGUGAAGGUGUCGUGGGGUCCGCCGCCGGCCGGCCAGCGCGGUGGAAUCGUCCAGGGGUACAAGGUCAUAUACGCACCGCUCACUACGCUACACGGUGAAGCAGCCGAGAUAAAGCGCGUUAGCACAACAGAGACUUACUUGCACACGCUGCUCAAGUACACCAAUUACUCGAUCCAGCUGCUAGCCUACACCGGUGCGGGCGACGGUCAGCGCAGCGCACCUGUGUACUGCCGCACGGAAGAAGAUGUACCAUCUGCGCCAGAGAAGAUCAAAGCUUUGCCACAGUCCACUGACUCGGUGCUCGUAAGCUGGCUUCCACCCGUCCACCCUAACGGCAUCAUUACACACUACACCGUCUACUACAGGGAGGCUGGACGCUUAGGCAAGCACUCGCACGUGACAGUGCCCGGUACAGCAUCUCCUGAGUCUGAGCUGCUACAGCCAGUUCGUGGGCUACGCGAACACCAGCUGUACGAGUUCUGGGUAUCAGCGACCACUGCUGUGGGCGAAGGCGACUCCACGUUGGUGGUUGGCCAGGGACCUAGCGCUAGAAUUCCGGCGCGCAUCGCGUCGUUCGGCGGCUCCCGCGCGGUGGGCGCGGGGCGGGGGGCGGUGCUGGCGUGUACCGCUGUCGGUGCGCCGCCGCCGCGCUCGAGGUGGACGCAUGCCCGCGCGCCCGUCACACACCACAGAUACUACCAGGUCACGCGCGCGGGGCAUCUGCAUAUACGAGAAGUGAACGAGCAAUCAGUGGGCAACUUCACUUGCACGGCGACGAACACGCUGGGCGAGGACUCUGUGGUGUACACGGUAACGGCCGUACUCCCGCCCGGCGCGCCAGCGCUGUCCCUGCAGUACACUACUGCUACCAGCAUCAAGCUGCACUGGCGCCUGCCCCCUGACUCACAGCCAGUACUCGGUUACAUACUCCACUACAAAGAGAACUCCUCAAGCGAGUGGCGUACAAUUGAGCUCUCUCCAGAGCUGAGCACAUACACCAUGGACACGCUCAAGUGCGGCACGACGUAUAACGCCAAGAUACAAGCGCAGAACAAGGUGUCUCUCGGCCCGCCUAGCGAGACCCUCACUGCUACUACUCGAGGAGGACGUCCAAAACCUCCUAAGCCCGAGGAACACGUCCACACCAACUCGACCGCUAUCAAAGUGAACUUCUAUGCGUGGCGAGACGGCGGGUGUCCCAUACUGGGAUUCCGGGUCACCUACCGCCGCGCGGGCGAUGAGCACUGGAUAAAGGCUGGCGACUCACCGAGCGCAACGAGCCACGUGCUGGGCGAUCUGUCGCCGGGCACGUGGUACGAAGUCGCGGUGGAGGCGUGGAGCGAUGCGGGCGGGGAGCGCGUCGCGCUGCUAGCUGAUACACAUACGCUGGCUGGAGGCCGCAUCCCACCGCUACAAGUCACCAGUACGCCAGUCGGAAGCGCGCGGUCCGCAGCACUGCGCACGGUCCUCGUAUCGUGUGCUGCGAGCGCGCUCGUCAUUGUUGCAGCGCUCGGAGCGUUGCUGUGUCUGCUGCACGGCAAGCGGAAAUUAUUAUGUCUGUCGAACGAUCACUACCUGCGCGACAACAGAAAGCUGAGCGAGAGCAACGAGGCCGAGCGGGAGAAGCUGCGGGACGGGCACAAGCUGUACUCCUCCUCAUCCAUCAACGGCAACGAGAAGUCUAAUGAUGACUCCUCAGCGGAGCUCUACGAGAUCAGUCCGUACGCGACGUUCGGCGGCGCGGGCGCGGUCCACGCGCUACAGUUCCGCACGCUCGCACGGAGAGACGACGACGCCGCGCCGCCGCACCGCCGCCGCCGGCGCGCCUGCGAUCACUACAGAUACGAGGAGUCCUCUCUAUCCCAGCGGUCAACGGUAGAGGCGCGUCACCGGCCGCGCGCUGCCGCCGCGCCCGCGCCGCCGCCGCCCGGCUGGCGCGAGCGGUCGGACUCCGACGACUACUCCGACAGCGCCGCUAACACUACUACCAAGGGUUCCGGCGGCUCCGGCGGCGGCAGCGCGUACGGCAGCGGGCGGCGCACCGCCAGCAGUGGCGGACAAAACGGCAGCGACGCCCUUUCGGGGAGCUUCGCCCCCGUUCCUCCCGUGCCCCCGGACAUAUCCUCGCUGAUUGAUAAAUAUCAACAAAGGAAGGAACAGGAGCGUCGAGAAUGCACCAUACACGUGUAGUCGACUGCUCAAGAAUCUACACCUACUCUGUUAUAAAUAUUGUAUAGCCCGUAAAACAACUGCGAGAAUUGCUGACGUAAUAUUAUGUAAUAUGAACCAAUAAAGACAUGACUGUAGUUCGAUGCAACGACCCUUUAUCUAGCGUACGUAGCUACAUCGUAGUCUAUAAUUGCCAGACUAGCCUAAGUGUAAGAAGCGCUGGCCGUCCGAUUUAAGUAUGCUACCUUUGUAUUGAAUGUUUUGUAAUUUAAAGGCCAAGUUAUAAUGGUUGAUAAUUUUGAAGUAUAUUCAUCAAAGUACGUGAUGCUGAGUGAUUUUUUAUGAUAAUAUACACAAUGAUACCUAUAUAAUAUUAUAGGUGAUAAAACCACCAGUGAAAAGAAGACACCUAAAUCAUAGUUUUUGUUGACGAUUCAUUCAAGUCGCGAAUACGUCUUUCUAGGCUACUCUAUGCGCUGUGUUGCCACAAUUUUUAACUUUUACUAAAAAUCUACUGCCUUUUGUGAAUGGUGCAAACUCGUCCCUUGCGGAACACCUGUAUUUUUGAAUUUAAUUUUAAAAAGAUUCGAGUUUUUGAAGAACUUUAUGCAUACUCAAUUUUUUUUUUAUUUGAACGCUUAAAAUUUGUUCAUUUUUUUUCUUACCUAUAACCUAGCAAAAUUCUCCAAAUGCUAGUCUAGAUCUUAAGAGAAAACAUUGUUACUAUAUUAUAUAGGUUAAUACUAUGCUGGUUAGUUAAAUGUCGUUAAACUUGACAGGUUUUAGUGUAACUUAAGCGAGAUGUUGGCUGUUGGUCUGUAGUCUGUACAUACUAGUUUUAGAUGUACUCGAGUUUGCUGUGAGAUUGUUUAUUGAUGAAGUUUGGUUUUGGAAAUUCUGCUAAUGCUAUGAUAAUAAGCCUUUAAGCUAUGAAGUAUUUUUUUAAAUAUGCAAUAAUCUCACAGCAAACAAUAGACAUUUUGUGUCCGUGUGUUGCAAUUUAAAGAGAAACAAAACUGCCCACUAGUUUACUAAUUGUACCCAAGCUAAAC